GGACAACCAAGACCAACAAGCUCGUCAUGGUCGUCGCCGCGGUGAUAACAACAUUUGCAUUGCUUCUGCUAUCACUUGGCCUCCUGAUCUGGAGAAAGAUCCGGCAGCGCAAUAAGCAAAUCACCGAGUUUGAUCACAUCGUGAGAGGCGAGUGUCCAGCGUACCAUCUCGAAACCCUUAAAGCCGCCACCGACGGAUUCUGCGCCAAAAAUGAAAUAGGGUGUGGUGGCUUCGGCACUGUAUACAAGGGUCAAAUGGUAGAUGGCCAAGAAGUUGCAGUGAAGAAGCUGUCAGCAGGGAAUAGAGUGCAAGGUCUGAAGGAGUUCAGGAACGAGGUGAACCUGAUCGCCAAGCUACAGCACCGCAACCUCGUACGCCUGCUCGGCUACUGCAUCCACCACUCUGAGAGGAUACUGGUCUACGAGUACAUGAGCAACAAGAGCUUGGACACCUUCAUUUUUGAUCCAAGGAGACACGCCACCUUGAGCUGGAAGACUAGGAUGGACAUCAUCUUCGGCAUUGCCAGAGGGCUUCUCUACCUUCACCAGGACUCGAGGCACACGAUGAUCCACCGAGAUCUCAAGGCGGCCAACGUUCUCCUCGACCGGGAGAUGGUGGCCAAGAUAUCGGAUUUUGGAAUCGCCAAGCUGUUCAGCAGCAUCGGCGACCAUCAGGUCACGGAAAGGAUUGUUGGGACAUAUGGUUACAUGUCACCUGAGUAUGCGAUGGACGGCAUGGUAUCGUUCAUGCAGGACGUGUAUAGCUUCGGUGUGCUGUUGCUGGAGAUCAUUAGUAGCAGGAGGAACCAACGAAGUUUCAACCUCAUUGCUCAUGCAUGGGGGCUAUUUGAAGAAAACAAGAGCCUCGAGCUCCUUGACCCAGCCGUGCGGGGCGGUUGUAGCCCGACCGAGCUAGAGCAGGCCGCGACGUGCAUCCAGAUAGGGCUACUGUGCGUUCAGGAGAGCCCGACCCAACGACCGCAAAUGGUUGCCGUAAUAUCCAUGUUGUCGCACCAACAAGUGCCGGGACGGCCGCUUCGGCCGGUGGUUUGCAUGCCUGUGAGCUCUCUGACGGACCUUCUGAACGUGCAGGAGGACACAUCCGGCAACGCCGAGCUGACCAUCACAAACCUUGAAGGUCGGUAGGAUGGCUACUGGGCAAGCUAGAACCAAAGAUUGGAGACGUUACUCUUACCAAAAACAUAAUGUGCAUGCACACCAAAAACAUAAUGAUUGUACAAGUCGCAGUUCACGCGAGCACACACGCUAUGUGUAUAUAUUUCAAUGUUAUGUGGCUUUGUAACUUUUUUUAAACCUGUGUUUGUAGUACUUCACAACAUCACAUGAGACCUGCCUGGCCACCUUAUAAGUUGAUCUCUUCUGUAAGAUUGAAUAGAACUAUGUUUAUUGAUAAUUGCAGCCACAUACAUGAGAUUAUACUA